GUGAAUCUGCUUACUGUAAGAAAUUCACUGGCCUUGUGUCAGACAAAUACAUCAGCCUGGAUGUCUUACGUGAAACACUGAAGCAAUUAGCAGCUCUUGAAAAAACAUGUGUCAAGAGAAGUUUACCAGUAGGCCUCGAAGCCAGCAAACCUUCUCUCAUCACGUGUAAAGAAGAGGAAAUGUUACUCUACAUGCUCUCCAUUUACAGACACACCAAGACAGCACCUCUCCCAACAUAUGAUGAGGUCCUGGUGUGCACACACAACGCAGAGGAGGAAGAAGUGGAGCUGAUUGUUAGGAGAGCUCUUUCAUCUGAUUCUCAAAACCAGAAAAUCUACUGCUUGCUGGGUGCUAAGAAAUUAGCAUACAAAGUUUCCAAACAACUGGAGUCCCACUUCUUCCGCUUGCUGCAAUCUUCUACAGUCCCUGACUAUAGGUUCAUUAUCAUUUGCAAUGCCAAAGCUCACAAUUCUUAUGUUAUCACAGCCUUUGACACCUACAAAGUUACUAUCCCAUGCUACUCUAUGACAGAAAUCCAGGCAUACCUGAGCACGCAUCUCAAAGUGCCUUGUGGGACAGCCCCUGUUGCUCAGGCCUUUGAAGAACCCUAUCAGCAGAACAUGAAGUUCAUAUUUUCAGAUCAAGCAGGAAUGGGGAAGUCUCUCUUCGUGGACAAUACCCUCAAAAAGAUCCGUGCCCAGCCGGGUGAUUUACCAGUGGUUCACAAAACUAUUAGGCUAAUGGAGUCAGAGAUUGAUUUCCAAUUCCUUCUGGAGGACCUACUCUCUGUUGAGGAACUUCCGACUGAAGCUCAGCCAACUGUCUUCCAUAUCGAUGUGUCACCAGUGGUGUCAACAGGUCUCUACCGGCUGCUGGUUGAGCUAUGCAUCCUAAGACACAUCCAGAGUCCCAGUGGCUUAGUCUGGAAGUGCAAAUCCUCUCAUCUUUACUUGAUUGAGUACCUGGCAAAAGGAAGAGGUCUUAGCAGAACAAGGAAACAAGAGAUGUCCAGUGAAACAGAAGAAAAGUUCCUGGAUCUUUUUCCUGCUGUGAAAUGUGUCUCACCAAUGCGUGUACUUGACUUGCUGGAACACCCCAGCUCUGGUCGUCUUUCUGAAAUGAAAGAGGAGCAGUUUGACCGAGACAAGUUAAAGAGUGAAGCUUUCCAGAGGUCUUACCAGUACCUCAGCAGAUAUAAGAGGAAGAAAGACCUUGACCGUUUCCUUUUCAUCCCUGAGAGGACUGAAGGGACAGAGGAAGAGUGCCUGAAGCUCUUACUGGAGUUCUGUGGGAGACACAACCCUUCCUGGACUGAGCUUAGCAACUUCACUCAUUUCCUAAACUUCCAGCUAAGCAAGUGUGAGAAAUCCGUUUUCUGUAGCUCAGCAGCUGGAGAGGAUUUCCAGGGGUUUAAAACAUUUGUGGUAAAGUUCAUGAUCACCAUGUCCAAGGACUUUGCAGUGCCCUCUCUUGACAUCUCUGAUGAAAGUGUGCCAAGUGCAGAAAAUGAUGAUGAGGAAAACAGCAUUAUAAGACAGUACCAGCUAAGACGAAAAUGGGAACAAGAGUCCCACCCCUAUAUAGUCUUCCAUGCAGACAAUGACUCCAUGGAGUUCUUGGGUUUCCACAUCAGCAAGAACUUGGAUGCUAUCGAUGCCCAUUCUCAAGCUGUUUUAGAAAGGAAUGUUAUCACACAUAAAUUAUACCGCACUUUGAAAGCCCAGCAUGUUCCUUUCAAUAAGAACUUUGAAGACUUGCCCAGAACAAUGCAGCUGGAGGCCCUCUGCAGAGUUUUUGGUGUGAGCUACACCCAAGAUCCAGAUGAAUCAUAUCAGCUGACACUGGACAACACCAUGAAGAUGCUUGCCAUUCACCUGCGGUUCCAGUGUGGGAUCCCUGUAAUCAUCAUGGGUGAAACAGGUUGUGGGAAGACAAAGCUUGUGCAGUUCAUGUGCAGCCUGCAAAGGGCAGGCAGGGACAUUCAGAACAUGGUGGUGGUACGUGUGCAUGGUGGCACUACCUCCAAGACCAUACACAAGAAUGUUAGGCAGGCAAUUGAGCUGGCACGCACCAAUGAAGAAAGGCACAAAGUGGACACCGUACUCUUUUUUGAUGAAGCCAACACAUCAGAAGCUAUCUUUGCAAUCAAAGAGGUGCUGUGUGAUCACAGUGUAAAUGGAGAGAAGAUUCUCACUGACCGUUUGAAAGUAGUAACUUCUUGCAACCCUUACAAAAGGCACACCAUGGAAACUGUAGAGAAACUUGAAAAAGCUGGCUUGGGGUACCGAGUCUGGAGUGAAGACACACUGGAGAAACUAGGCUACAUUCCUUUGCGGCAGCUGGUGUAUCAGGUCAAGCCCCUGCCACCUAGCUUAUUGCCUCUUGUCUGGGAUUUUGGACAGCUGAAUGAAAAGACACAGAGCCUGUACAUCAGAGAGAUUGUAAAGUCCACCAUGAAGAACAAGAUCACCAUUGGAAAUUUGGACGUCUUUACCAGUGUCAUUUCAGCCUCCCAGAAGUUCCUCAGGAAGAAGAAGGAUGAAUGCAGGGUUGCCAGUCUUCGGGAUAUAGAGCGCUGCAUGGGCAUUGCACUCUGGUUUUAUAAACUAAGAGACCUGCUGUUUCCUCAGAUUGAUAAGAAGAAGUACAAAAAGGAACAGAAGCCAAUCUUAAAUGAUGCACAAAGGGCCUUGGUCCUUUCAGUGGGAGCUUGCUAUUAUGUAUCUCUGGAGAGCCGCAAAGAUUACCUGGAGGAGGUCGCGAAAUGCUUUUCUGUCCCUGCAUCCCUGCUGCAGCAAGAGAUUGAGCUUUGCCAAGAGGUAUUUCUUGAUAACCUCUCUAUUCCUGAGGCAACAGGCCGCAAUGAUGCUCUGAGGGAAAACAUAUUCAUGUUAGUUAUGUGCAUGGACCUACGAGUUCCACUCUUUCUGGUUGGGAAGCCAGGAAGCUCAAAAUCCCUGUCUAAAACCAUUGCUGUGGAUGCCAUGGUGGGCAGGCUGUCCCAAAACCAGUUGUUCAAAAGAUGCAAGGAGAUCCAGCUGAUGUCUUUUCAGUGCAGUCCCCAUUCAAAGCCAGAAGGGAUCAUCUCCACUUUCCGACAAUGUGCUCAGUUCCAGAAGGGGAAGAAUCUGGAUGAGUUGGCAUCCGUGGUCCUCCUGGAUGAGAUUGGCCUUGCAGAAGACUCGCCAGAGAUGCCACUGAAGACACUGCACCCUCUUCUUGAAGAUGGUUGUGUUGAUGAUGAAACCCCAGAAUCUUACCAAAAAGUUGGCUUUGUGGGCAUUUCAAACUGGGCCCUAGACCCUGCCAAAAUGAACAGGGGUCUUCUAGUAUUACGGACUGACCCUAGCAAAGAAGAGCUAGUUAAAACUGCAAAGGGCAUCUGUGCUGCACAGCCUCACUUUGAAAGCAUUGAGGAUUUGCUCCCUUUGCUGGCAGAAUUCUACUGCAAGGUGCUAAAAACACAAAAGAAUGAGUUCUUUGGGCUCCGUGAUUUCUACAGCUUGAUCAAAAUGAUACUGUCCUACACCCAAGACAAGAAGUGCAAUUCUCAAAAGGACAUCGUUAUAAAGGCCAUUCAGAGAAACUUUGGAGGCUCCAGUGAUAUUAAUCCUGUCGAGCUCUUCCAAAACUGCAUCAGUGAGGUGUAUCUUCCCCCUGACUUGGAAACCAGCCACACACUUUGUUUGCUGAAGGAAAAUAUGGGCAAACAGGGGGCAGGACUCAUGUCUCGAUAUCUCCUGCUGCUGACAACCAACCACGCAGCUUUCCACAUCAUCCAGAUGACACAGCUUAUAGAUACUGAGCACUGUGAAAUCAUAUUUGGCUCUGGUUUUCCACAGGACCAAGAUUAUUCCCAGGUAUGCUGGUCUGUCAGCAGGGUGAAGAUCUGCAUGGAGACAGGCAGGCCUGUUGUUCUUUUAAAUAUACACAACCUUUAUGAGAGCCUUUACGAUGCACUCAACCAGUGCUUCGUUAGUCUGGGGGGAAAUUACUAUGUGGACCUGGGUCUUGGCACUCACAGAGUGAAAAGCCGUGUGAAGGAUGAGUUCAGACUCAUUGUGAUAGAGGAGAAGAAUGUAGUCUACACCCAGUUCCCCACCCCACUGCUGAACCGCCUGGAGAAGCACUGCUUGGACAUGAACACCAUUCUGAACCGGCAGCAGCAACAGCUGAAGCAGGACCUGCAGACCUGGGCCAGGAUGUUUGUCUUCAUUGACAGCAGCAAGUUCUCCAAUGUUUGGUCCACCAGGCUGAACACCAAGGAACAGGAUGUCUUCAUCGGUUUCAGCAAUGACACAUCUGCAGCUGUUGCUUUGCAAAGCACUCAGAGUAGGUCCUGGGGAGACUUUGAGCCCUAUGAAGAGCCAGUGUUCUCUAUUGCCAAAAGGAAACUUGUUCAGGGUGCAACCCCUGACUCCAUCCUGCGCCUUAAAUACUCCCUUGUGGAUGAUGCUGAGCAGAUCCAAGACUUGUACUUCCACAAGCAGAAGCACAACAGCCUUGUCAGUGUUUUGAGAGAGACAGCUAACUGGCAGCCAAGGAAAGAGAGGACUGCUGGGCUCUGUCUGCAGGUUUCUACACAUGCAAGACUUCUAAAUGAGAGAGAUUUAGAAGAGAUAAAGAAGACACUUAACCUUCAAAAUAAAAUCCACUGCCUCUUUCUAAGCCAGUUUGACACCAAAUACACUUUCUGCCAGGAACUCAGGAAUUUUUUUGCACAAUCAUCAGAAGAGAAAUUGCUCCUGAUCCAGUUUCACUUUGAUGAGCCACAGAGCAGCAAAAGGCUUCUAGCUUGUGCCAAGUACUGUAUCAUAGAUGAGAGAAGGAAAUCAACAGGCACAGGCUCAUCACAUGUUGUGCUGGCCACUCAAGUCCCGCGAGUUCUGGGAGGCUGCGGCUACAUGGCAUUUGACGGUGGUGAAUGGAUGUCGAUCCACUUGGAUGAUCUGAUGCCCCCAGAAAACUUUACAGCCAAUCUAGGCCAUCUCGCCAAAAUGACUGUUGCUGAGAUUUUCAUGACCACUUUCCAGGAGCAUCUCCCAACAGGUUCUCCAGAGGAAUCUGCUGCUCUUGAAGAUCCAGCCAAGUCUAGUCUUCUUCCAGAAGGAAAUCUCCUCAGCAUGGACUCUAUGAUCAAACAGAGCAUCCAGAAAGCUGUGAUCCAGCUGGAGGACAAGGCUGGCAACAGUCGGCGUGCCACUGAGAGAAUCAUGAUCAUUCACAACUUGCUUUUCCAGGAUCAUAGUAGAACCAUGUUUUAUAGUCAUUUUAUGACUGUGCUGAAAAGGAGAAUUUGCCACCUCCUACAAGAACGUGAGAAAAUAAGCCUUGAACCAAGGGACUGGGUUUUCCGCAGAGCUGUCUCCAGUGAGUUCAUCCUUGAAGACACUUCAUUCAGGCAUGUACUCUGGAUGCAUUUAGAAGACAUCGUGGCCAAUUUAUUUGCUCAAAUUCUCUCAGUGGUGGAUGCAAACAACAACCUGGAUCAUCUCUCUCCACUGUCUGCAUUCUCAGAACUGUGGCUUCAGAUGUUUAAAGAAGAAUCCUUCUUGAGAAUUAAAUAUACCAGCAAGAAACGAGAUGCUAAGAUUUCUGUGUUGUCAAUGACUAAAGACCCCAACACAUCUGUGUUUUGCCAGUUCCCAUUCAGUUGGGUUUUGAAGGCCUACCUGGAGAAGCUGUGGGAGAGAGUCUAUAAUAUGAAAGGUCAUCCAAAAGUGCCUAUGAAGGAACCAGCCAAAUUGUUCCAAACGCUGAUCAAGGACGUGUUGAUGCCAGAUGGCAGUAAUUCAGAGAUGAUGCAGUGUUACACAAAUGACUUUCUAAGAAUGACUUUUCCUGGGCAAGAUCUUUCUGUCUAUGAGAUUCUGUCAAAGGCUCUCCUAGUCAAUGCGAAACAGCUCUGCUCUUCUGUGGGGCAGGAGAUAAGUUUUUUCCCCAUUUGGCUUCAUAUAGAAUAUUUCUACCUACGAGAGGAAUAUCAACUCUUUGUUGACUUGGUAAAAAGUGAUGAGACUGUAACAAGCGAGCUGCAAAAGAUGUACGAGAAGGACCCACCAGAAACGUUUCAGUUUGUCACUCCUGACACCUUGAACAUUCUCCUGAAGAAGGUGCAGCCCACAGAUAAUCUUCUGUCAUUUGAGGCCUGUACAGAAUGGCUUAGAAGGGUCAAGUCCAUUAAGCCCUGGAUGGAGUGGAUCAGUAUGGACAAUUACCAGAUUCAUCUUUGCCAGAAGAAAAGGGAACUCCUGAGGAGUGUGUUACACCAGUGGACCUGCACCAACAUUGUCUACAUGUUCUUUGACCACCUGCUGCACAACGAGACACAAAUAGAUGAGAAGCUUCUGAGAAUUCUUGUGAAGCAGUUCAUCUUCACCUGGAAUUGCCUGACUGAAACACAAAAUUUUGAGCCAGCAGAAACUUUUGAGUUGGUGACAGAAGUACUCAAGAUAUGCAACCAAAAUGCUGACACUGUGUACCUUGUGAAGGGUGUGAAGGACUGCAAGAGCUGUCUACUUGAGAUCACUGACCCAGCAGAGCUGCCCUGUGGCCACAUUUUCUGCUCACAGUGCAUCUGUGAGUGGAGAAGCAAACAGUGUAAGAUCUGCAAGGCUAACUUCCCGGAGGACUACACACCCACAGCUACAGCGGCCACAAGGGAAGCUGUUGCAUGUCAUAACAAAUUCAGGAGGAAAUGUAACUCCUUCUUUGUGGAGUUUGUUACCACCUGUAUCUUGGGAGACAGAGGCACACCAUCCCCAGAAGUCAUCACUCGGCUGACCCAAUUUGUGGCCUGCAAGCCAUCCAGCCCUGAGCACCAGGCAGUAAAAAGGGUGUGCAAGUCAAAAAGUGAGCUGUCACCCUUUGAAGAGUGCAUGGACACCAGUCCAACAAUCAAGUCCUCCCUCUUGAAACUGCUCCUACGACAUGGGUUCAACAACAUAAAGGUUCACCUGGAAACAUACCUUUCUGAGAUGGAGGAAAAGAUAACCAUCAACAAAAGCAACUGGAACCAUUUCUACUUCAUGGUGGUGCAUUGUCUGGAGGAUUUUAUGUAUCCUUCGCAAGAUGAUGUCAACCAGCUUGCUGAAAGCUGCCUCUCUACUGCAGACCUUUCUGCUUUCUGCUCACCCAAGGCCUCAAAAAUUGACACCCUCCAGUUCAUAGCCUGUCUCCGGUUCUCCAUCAGCCACGUGGCCACUGUGCUUGGCAGACAGGUCCUCUGUGCUGCAGAUCCAAACAUACUGUCUCCUGGUGGGAACAAGCAAGAGGAGCAAGACCUGGUGAAUGCAAUGAAGAAGCUGGUGGCAAAUGCACAGACACCAUGGCCUCAAAUAUUCCUCAUUAGAAAUCUCUAUAACAACUAUGGGUUCAUCCCAAUGCAGAAGAUUCUUCAGGCAGAAAAAUGGAUUUUACCCAGAGGGGUUGAAAAUUCACAGCAUAUGGGUGCCUGCUCAAAUAUAACACUGAUGCUUUCGGUGCUGGACAGAGCAGAAAAUCAAAUAAAGAACAAAAAUCCCAAGGAAACCCAGGGACUGAUUCCUGUCAUAAGACAAAUGGAAAACAUCCUCUAAACAGCGUUGCUCCCCGAAGAGCCUCUGGAAAACAAGA